AUGGAGACGAGCUCUGACAACGAGAAAGUGGAUGUGUUAUGUGUCUUCGUUCAUGGGUUCAAAGGAGAUGAUUCUGCCUUUGGUGGAUUCCCCGAAAGGCUCCAGCACAUCGUGGACCAACACGGCGAUGUGCGAGUUGAAUGCAUCGUGUUUCCAGCAUAUGAGACCAGAGGGGAACUGAGCGCUGCAACAGAGCGAUUUGUGGAAUGGCUGACUACAACGGUUGUGCACAAAGAAGGAGGGAAUGGAAAGGGAGCUGGAAAGACUAAGGUUGUUCUGUGCGGACAUAGUAUGGGAGGUCUGUUAAUUGCGGAUGCUUUGAUUGCUAUUGCAAAGAGCUCCGCUCCCAUAACUUCGCCUUCUGCAGAUAAUAGCAGCCAGCCUGCGGCCCUUUGGCCUCGUAUUAUUGCCUGCAUCGCUUUUGAUACUCCGUACUAUGGAAUAAAUCCUGGGGUCUUCAAGAACACAGCGACUAAGGCAGUUCAAUACGUACAGACGGCCCAUAAGCUUGCCACAGGACUAGGUAUUCUUGGGGCAUUAGGGACGGCUUUCAGAGGCGAAUCCAAAAAUACUCAAACGAAUGAUCAACCGACGAUGGGUAGUAAAUCGUUGGAUGAGAAUGCUUCAGAAUUGGUAUCUCAAAGCGCUGGUGCUUCCUCCGAUCCAAACGGAAGCCCUCGUCGGCGUAAAUCAUCCACUCCGACACUGCUCUAUUCACUAGGUGGUGCUGUCUUAGCUGGUGCUGCCGCUGGGACAGCAAUAUAUCAGAGGAAGGCAAUCGCAACAGGUAUUUCGCAAGCCCAGGCUAAUGUUGAUUGGGCGUGGGCUGGUGAUCACCUAAAAUAUGUCCGUAACCUUUGGGAUGAUGCUGCCUUGAAGGCUCGCGUGGACACUCUCGUUGCUCUGAGGAGCGAGCGCAGCGUCCACUUUCAAAAUUUCUAUACUAGCCUACCCCCCACUUCUGCAUUUUCAAACGAAAGAACAUUCAUCCUCUUACCCUCCCCAACGUGGCCAUCUUUCCAAUUCUUUACGCCAAACUCCAACUCUCUUUCAUCUUCAGAGAUUGAUGCACACACGAACAUGUUUCAUGGGUCAUCUAACGAUGGAUUUUACGAUCUCGGGUUGCGCACGGCAGAGAUUCUAAGAAGAGCUAUCGAGGAGAGCAAGGAUAAAGAUGAGGAUACACAACUUAAGCACACGAAACAAAAGGGAUCGAAUUCUAACUGUGCGGACGCAGCGGAUGGCCCAGCUUAGAUCACACAUCCAGAACCAGCCGGAGGCUGGAUCAUGCGUAGGACCGAUGAUAUCGCUUCAACCUGUCCUGUUCAUUUUGAAAUGUCCGGAUAUGAUAUAUUCGGAUGUAGCUCACAGGGAAAGUUCAAGUGGGGCCCCAAGAUACAUGCCCAGUGAUUAUUUCGAUGGAGGUUGUUCAGAAGUACCAGUUGUAGAUAAUUUUAAGCGCAUGGCAUAGGCGUCCUCCCCAUCGGCAU